AAACUGGUCGGAGUUGAUUCAAGAAGCAGUUCCCUGACCUCCAUUCUGUAGAAGAACUUCUACCUUAACUACCACCAACUUAUCUCUUGUCAGUCAUAGAUAACAGAAAUAACUGAGUUGUCAUUAUAGUCUUGACGUUAAAAGGUUGUCAUAAUCUGACACGUGCGAUAAUGAAAAGCAUUUGUUACAUCAUAACAAUUUGUCAUCACCUCAUAUUGCAAGUUUCGUGCACUAAUGAGAAACCAUCAUAUUCCAAGUAUCCCUUUAUUGUUUCUGUUCGUGCCGAUGGGGUUGGCCAUAUUUGCACUGGCUCCCUCGUCGGACUCCAGUGGGUAUUGACUUCAGCCCAUUGUGUCUUGGAUUACGAGAAGACAUCUGAUAAAGUGAACGUGAUGGCCGGCGAGCCGAAUUCUGCAGACGAACAAAUGAGAUUGGUGGAGAAAAUCUACUGCCACAAUAAAUUUCGGAGUGAUUCUCUUUUCAACGAUGUCGCGUUGAUACAAUUAGAUCAGCCUUUUCGCGAGAAGGAAACGGUGAAAACCAAUUACGUGCCCAAGUACACGAUAAUCAUUGACAUGAAGACUCUUUGCAACACGGUUGAAGUGAUAGGACUAGAAAGGAGCAACAUCACCGAUAGAAUGAACGUUACACGUCCCGAUUUGGUGGUCUACAAUCACGAGGUAUUGUCGAAUAAAAAUUGUGCUAGGAAGAGGAAGUUUCCAGUUCUGAAACAUACUUUUUGCGGCUAUGCCAAGAACAUGACGGCAUGUUUGAGGGAUACGGGUGGCCCCGCAAUUUGCGAGGGUUUAAUUUAUGGAAUAAUUUUCUACGGAUGUCCCUGGGAUCAAUCUCCUAGCUAUUUCACUAGAGUUGAUAGAUACUUGGUAUUUAUUGAGAGAAUCAUGGGUAAAGAUGCUCCCUAUCGUAUAACAAAGCGCUCACUUGGAGGAACUAUGAAAAAAGAAUUCGAUGUAUUAUGUUAUUAUGUUAUGGCACUACCUAUCCUCAUUUAUAUGUUGUUGUCGUUAUUCAUCCUUCUCAACCUACUGAAAACGAUCAAAUGCGACGAAGAAAGACCGAAAAUUCUCCGAAAAAUAAUCGGCGGUCAAGACUGCUCAACGGAAAAGUAUCCUUUCGUAGUCUCCAUAAGAACGACCACGAGGAUGAAGCAUUUCUGUGGAGGCACUCUUAUCAAACCAGAUUGGGUUCUCACAGCAGCACACUGCAUCACCACGACAAACCCUAAAUACUACACAGUGGUAGCGGGAACGUCUGAAACCAACAAACAGGGGAUUCAACGCAGACAUGCGAAAAAAAUCUACAAACAUGGAAAGUUCAAGGAGAACAAUUUUUUAAACGACAUUGCCCUAAUUGAACUGAAGGAAGGCUUCAAUAUGAAUUCCACAUUGGUAGGUCUCAUCGGGCUACCACCGUUUGUGAACGAUGGCGACGUUAAAGAUUACUGCCGCGAAGGCACCGUUAUCGGUUGGGGCCACAGAGAGGCUUGGGAUCCGGAAAAGGCCCCUCUGAACUACGUUUUCAAUCCAAUCCUCCAAUGCGUCAAGAUUCCGGUGCUUUCAGACGAUGAAUGCGCGGAAAUGAGGGGAAAAGUCCUGAAAAGUACGAUAUUUUGCGCGUAUGCAAAAGGAGGUGAUAAAGACUCAUGUCAAGGAGAUUCUGGAGGGCCACUGUUUUGCUGUAACACCCAGUAUGGUAUAGUUUCGUCCGGAUAUGGAUGCGCUCAAUUGAAUAGCCCUGGGUACUAUACCAGGGUUGAUGGACAACUUGACUUUAUCAGGCAUGUGAUAAUGAAUAAAAAACUACCAAAAUUCGCAUUAGUUGAUGAAAGUGGUGGAAAAAAUAUUAUCGUUUCUCUCUUCACCUUCUCCUUUGUUAUUGCUUUGAAUGUAAUAAAAUACGCGCUUUGA